GGUGUCUAAGGAGGGAGGAGGAGGGAGGCUAAGGAUGGAGUGGGCGUGGUCAGGCCUCCGAGUUUCCUGCCGGAGUGAGCACGUGCUUCCGUGUGUUGUGGCUGGCUGAUCGUGUGUUGCGCCUUUGCACCUUUAAAUCGCUCCCCAAGCCCACCCUCGCCCCCCCACCCUCAGCACGGCGAACCCCGGAGCUCCGGACCGCUCCCGCCCGGCUCUGACGGCUCCUCACGGACAGCAGGUUCAGUUCGGCGCUUUAUUUAAAGACGCAAACGGGCUCGGAGCGCGCGCGGGACAUGACGCUGGAGGCGAUCCGGUACCGGGCCGGGUCUCUACAGAUCCUCAACCAGCUGCUGCUGCCGCACGAGACGGUGUACGAGGAGAUCCGCUUGGUGCAGGACGGGUAUGAGGCCAUCAAGAGCAUGAAGGUGCGCGGCGCUCCUGCCAUCGCUAUUGUGGGCUGCCUGAGCCUCGCCGUGGAGCUGCGGGCAGGCGCCGGGGGUGAAGACCCCGUGGGCUUUAUCAGGGAGUCGCUGUGUCACCUGACCUCGGCGAGGCCCACUGCCGUCAACAUGGGCCGAGCUGCACGCGAGCUGAUGGAGUUCACUGAGAACGAGAGCAUGGAGAAGAGUGGAGACCAGCUCAGAGAAAGCGUGAUUAGGUGCAUCGAGGAGAUGUUGGAGCGGGAUGUCAAUGAUAACAAGAAGAUCGGUAACUAUGGCGCCCAGCACAUCCUGUCAGGUGUGCCCAGAGACUCGGUCACCAUCCUCACACACUGCAACACCGGCAGCCUCGCCACCGCCGGAUACGGGACUGCGCUCGGUGUGGUGCGGUCUCUGCACACUCUGGGUCGCCUGAAGCGUGUUUACUGUACGGAGACGAGGCCAUAUAAUCAGGGAGCCAGGCUGACGGCGUAUGAAGCCGUUGCAGAGGGCUUCCCUGCCACGCUCAUCACAGACAGCAUGGCUUCUCUCACCAUGAGGGAGAAAAACAUCACCGCUGUUGUUGUUGGAGCAGACCGGGUUGUUGCUAAUGGUGACACGGCGAACAAGGUGGGCACAUACCAGCUGGCCAUCGCUGCAAAGCACCAUGGGAUACCGUUCUAUGUGGCAGCUCCCAGCACGUCAUGUGAUCUGAGUCUGGAGAGUGGACGGGACAUCGUGAUCGAGGAGCGGCCGGCGGAAGAGCUCACCAGCAUCAACGGCGUUCCUGUGGCCGCGCCAGGUAUAGAGGUGUGGAAUCCUGGCUUUGAUGUUACUCCUCAUCAGUUGAUAACGGGUGGUAUCAUCACUGAGCUCGGCGUGUUUCUGCCCUCUGAGCUGCAGGCCGCACUAACCGGCCGCCUCACCGCACUCUAACGCCACAGCGCCCCCGGCAGGCCAGGCUGCAUUAUUGCACCACAGUUAACACUAUAAAUGUGUCUCUCUCUCUUUCUCUCUCUCUCUAUCUCUCUCUCUAUCUCUCUGUGUCUUCUCACUUCACAGUGGUGGAAGUUACACUUAAAAAAAAACACACACACAGACACACACACACGGACACAAAAUGUGUCACAAACUCACACACGCUGUCACAGGCUCAUAGCUCUAUAACA